AUGGCAUUCAAGUUCGUCGCAUUCUUCGCUCUCAUCGCUGCCGCCAGUGCCGGUCUCCUGCCCGCCGCUCCGGUCUACCAUGCCGCACCCGCUCCGGUCUACCAUGCCGCACCCGCUGUGGCCCACUACGCCGCACCGGCUGCCGUCGCCCAGCAUGUGAUCACCAAGGCUGCCGAGGAAUACGAUCCUCAUCCCCAGUACAAAUUUGCCUACGAUGUGCAGGAUUCCCUCUCUGGUGACUCCAAGAGCCAGGUGGAGGAGCGCGAUGGUGAUGUGGUCCGUGGCGAGUACUCGCUGAUCGAUGCCGAUGGCUACAAGCGCACCGUCCAGUACACCGCCGAUUCCAUCAACGGUUUCAAUGCUGUGGUCAACCGUGAACCCCUCAACAUUGUGAAGACCGUUGCCGCCGCCCCCGUUGCCCAUUAUGCCGCCCCCGCUGUGGUAAAGACUGUGGCUCCAGUUGCCCACUAUGCUGCUCCAGCUGCUGUUUACCAUCAUUAAUUUUGUUAUAUCUCGCACUGA